AUGCAAGCUCAUCGCAAUGGACCUACACCACCCCCCUUACCUCGCAACCCUUCACGAAGCAUGUCCACCUCGACAGUAUCCACCGUACAGACAAACUACACGAAAGAAUCAGGACUGAUGCCUCCUUCACCUAUAGGAGGGCCACCCCUCCCAUCUCCUGUCAGUCUGAAUGGCAGACAACCGAGCUACAGUAAUGGACCAGGAGGGGAUGAGCUGGAUAAGCUGGGUUAUACUUACUCUUUGCGUGUGGCAGUGCUGCACCACCACCUGACUCACCCACCGCCACCAAUUCCAACACACCGAGCAUCCGUAGCAUCUGCAUUCUCCCUUCAUCACACCCCUCCACCGCCUGUCCCACCUAUGCCAUCACCCCCUUUACAGGGAACAUCCCCUAAUGGCUCACGUCUCACUUUCUCGUCGUUCUCCCCACCUGGAUCAGGUCAUGGACCGACGACACCUGAAAUGGGCGGUUCACCUGUAUUUCCCAAUACCACCACGCCCUCACCUGGUCCACCAGGUAGGAGGAAAUCAUCUGGCUUUGGGCUGAGUCUAGGAAGAAACAAGUCAGAUGAUGGACAGUCGGUCAAACUUCCCAAGGAGUUCUUAUUGGAGUUCUGGGGUAUACUGGCCAAUGAAGAUGGUGAUGGGAUUUGGAAAUCUACUACAGCAAAUUUCCUAGGAUUAAUCAAGAAGGGUACGAAGACUCCCAGUGGAUUGAAUCUCAGAGAGGUACCUACUUUGCUGGAGGCGUUCACCCAAUCCAUCCCACCUUCGACCGGACCAGCUUUAUCCCCUGCUCACAUUCACCAAUCGCAUCUCCUCCAAUUACUCUAUAACUCCCUUCCUCGCUCGUCGUUCUUCUCUCCACUGGCCAAACCGCAAACCGAGAAAGAUCGAGAUUUCCUAUUCCGUCUCAGAGCAGAAGUCCAAUCAUACAUGCUCGCACCAUCACCCAACCCCGAACUAGACUCGAACUCCAGUGCACUAUCAAUGUCACCCACCACGCCUACUUCUCCGACUCAACCUCCAUUGAAUGUGAGGAGAAAGUCCUCCGGGAUAGGACUGGGCAGGAUAUCGACCCAUUCUCAAGAUUCCAUCAAACGAAAACCCAGUCCGAUAUGGGAUGGGGAUGUGAAUGAGAUGGUAGAUACGGUAGGACAAGUGUGGAGUGUCAGGAAAGAUAUAUUGGAUAGGGAUGUGAUUGAUAUAAAACGAAGUGGUGUAUUGGAGCAGAUGUACAUGUCAGAUUUGAAACGAGCAAUGACUGCUAUAUCCUCUCAACCAGCUCCGCUGACCCCAUCUCAAAAGAAUCGUCAAGCUCAAUUAUCCCAAUCCAUCUCCAACUUAUUGAAAGAUUUCCCUGAUCUAGCUACACCAGGCUCGCCCAAUGACUUCUCUACCAAUAUCAGCGCACCUCUCUCACCUACUUCCCCUCGAUCAUUCUCCGGUGAAUCAUUCUUCAUCCCACCCAGAUCGAUCGAGGUGUUCGGCAGACUCGCUAGUAAAUCCGUCGAAGUCGUUGGACAUACCACAAAAUCGCGUGAUCUGUUAGAACGUUGUCGAGAUAUAUGGGGGAUCGCCUCGAGGAGGGAAAAAGAGAAAGAAUUGGAAAUUGUGCUUAAACGAUGGGGUGAUAGUAUCGGUACGAAAGAGGAAGUGGGAUAUGCCAAGAGUAUCUCAGAGAGCGUUAAAUUGAUGUCAUACGGUAUAAGACUUGGUGAUCCCUUGUCACCCAUCUUAUCUGAACUCCUGUCAACACUAUUAUCACUUUUGACUACUUCGUUACCUACCAUAUUUCCCACUACUUCUAACCCACCGCCAUCUCCACCACCAUCUCUAUUGAUCAUAUUCAAUUCUGCGCCCGAACUGUUUGAGGCUCAGCCUUACGCUCAAAAGAUCAUUGACAAUGCUUCGGACGAGCUCAAGGGUGCGGCGAUAGGUGAAUAUGUCCAGGCUGUAGAGUACCUGACAGGAGGUGUGGGACAACAAGAUGAUGGGUUGAGAACGGUGGGUAGUGAUGGGAAGGAUAAGCUGGUGGAAGGGUUUGAGAAUGUGGCGAGGUGGAUAUUGAAGGAGGUUACGGAUGUUAAGAGGGUCUGGGGUAAGGGUAUAGGAAGCACCCUUAACCCAUCCGCUAUCAUCAUAUCCCGCCAACUACCCCUCUUCCUAGCCGAACUCCAAGUGAUUGAUAAACCCCGUGGAGUCGCUUCUGACAUAUUUAGCUUGUAUGAGACUACCGGCAAAUUACUGGACCUGUGGGAUGAUUUGUGUCCCAAUCAAGAGCAUGGCUUCGAGCUCGAUGCGUUCUUUGAACCUCACGUGAUGGCUUGGUUGAAAGAUACGGAAACUAGUCAGGUACAUGAUUGGGUGAGCAGGGCGGUGGGCAUGGAUAGUUGGGUCCCAGAAGUUGAAAAUAAACAUUCACAAUCCGUCAUCGACCUGUUCGAGUUUAUACGAUCAUCCGCUCAAGUCAUUUUACACGAGUUACCCCUGUCCGAGUACAAGCGAGCGGUGUUUUUGAUUGAUUAUUCAAAGACUGUCUCUUUAGCAGUAUCCACUUAUGCCACCACCGUCCUUGCGCUCUUCCAACACGACCUCAACCCUGCGAAAGUAUCCACCCCGACUUCCGAGAUCCAAAACAAGCUAGGUAGUAAAGCUGGUAACUGGUUAGCCAAGGGACAACAAGCUGUGAAAAAUUUGGAGAAGAAAAAAGUUGAUGGGUUCGCUGUCCCACCCGCAGCAUGCGUCAAGCUCACCGAUAUGUCUGCUGCGAAACAGUCUCUGGAAGAUCUGAUGUAUGCUAUGGAAGCUGAAGAUACAGCUAGGAUCGUAAAGUCUGUCAAAUCCAACACUGCAAAUGAUAAAUCCACCAGACACGUAUUCACCGUGACUGUCCUUCGAGGCGAAAAUCUGAUAGGAAGAGGAGGGAGCAAACCCGCCGAUGGGUUCGUAAUCGUCACUGAUAAAGAGACAGGCGAGAGGUUGAUCAAGACUAGGACGAUACUGGGCGCGGAAGAUCCGAGGUGGGAACAGUCAUUUGAGAUAUCGGUAGGAUCUAUCAAAGUCCUCGAGUUAACCGCGUUCGAUCGACAACUAGUCGGUAAACAUGACUUGAUCGGUGGUGGAUCGUUCAAACUUGAUUCCAGAUUGUUUGCCGAACAGCCCAUACGAGACAUCGUCUUACCCCUCACGACGUCUAAUCGAGGUGGGAUCGUCCAUAUUCGAAUAUCGAUGGAAGGAGGAGAGAAAAACGACGUAGCCUAUCAUCUGUCCAUCGCUUCGAGAGCAUUGGAUAGAUCACAAAGGGACAUGUCGAGGGAGUUGGUCGAUAAGAUGGCGGAAUAUAUUAGAUCUCAACUUAGUUCGACCACUUUGGGUACUUUGACUAAACCGCUCAAAGAUAAGAAAAAGGCAAAGACAGUAUUGACGGAUCAAGAUAUUGAGAGUAGCUUGGGAGGUUUGUUCGAUUAUCUGAAUGAAAAUUUCUCUGUAUUCUCAGUUACACUCAACUUACCUACUCGACUUUCUCUCAUGUUAUCACUCUGGAGAAGAAUAAUCGAUAUACUCAUUUCUCUCCUCGUCCCUCCACUAAGCGAUAAACCAUACCACGGUCCUACCCUAGGUUCCUCAGAGGUUGACGUAGUGUUCAAAUGGUUAGGAAUGUUGAAAUCUUUCUUCAACGCUUCUGAAGGUGGUAUAGAACAUGGUGUUCCAAUACAACGACUUCAAUCGGGUAAUUAUAAAGAUUUGAUCAUGCUUGGUCAAUAUUUGGAUUUACCUACACCAACGUUGAAAGAUAGGACAAGUGCUGCUGUCAAAGUUGCGUCUAAGCAUACUGGAACGAGCACGACUGGAGGUAGUACUGGAUUAUUAGGUGGAUUUAGAUCUAUGAGGAUAGAUAGUGUAUCUUCAACCAGUCAAGACGUGGAGGAAACGAGUAAUGAGAAUGAAAGGAUGGCUGAGAUUUUAUUGAGAAUUGCUAGGACGAGACCCGAUAUGGGCGAAUUUUUAUCUCAUGAGAUUGGGUUGUUGAACAGAGGUAGAGUUGAGAAGCAGGCUGGGGUGAUGUGA